UCAUUUAUUUGAUAAAGAAAAGAUGGCCUUUACUAAAAUUACGAUAUCGUUCACAGAAUUUGUGGAGUAGAAUUGAAUCUAUUGUGCAUGGAUGAAAAAUCUUUCCAUAUAUUUUGAUAUAAAAGUGAUACAAGCAAUCUUAGGAUAUAUACUGAUAGCUGAUAGUAGACAUGUAUUCACCUAAGAAGUAUGACUUGUUGAUUAAACACCUCCGUCGGUAUUCAGUAUUAGGAACAGCUCAUUAUUCAUGUGUUCCACCAAAUUCACCUGCAAAUGAGACUGAUGUAAAAACAUUUAAAGAUUUUAUUGAAAAAUCUAAAAAACUGUUAGUUAUAACAGGUGCUGGGGUAUCAACAGAAAGUGGUCUUCCGGAUUAUAACACGAAAGGAGUCAAGUUUUAUGCCGGUCUUCCAUAUGGCCCAGUCAAGCAUCAAGACUUCAUCGAUCAUGAAAAAACAAGGAGGGAAUUCUGGGCAUACCAUUUUUUGGCUUGGCCUACGUUUUCAUCUUUAUUGCCUAAUAGGACACACAAGAUUUUGAGUGAAUGGGAAAGAAAGGGGAAGCUUCAUUGGUUGGUGACUCAAAAUGUUGAUGCUCUACACGCCAAAGCAGGAAGUAAACGUCUGACGGAACUACAUGGAAGAUUUUGCAGUGUGGAAUGUUUAGACUGUAAAAAUGUGAUAUCUAGACGAGAAUUUCAAGAACUUAUAAAGGAGGAGAAUACUGAUAUCUCAGAGAAAUAUGUAAAACUCAAUCAAGAACAGAUUAAUGGAUUUAAAGUUCCAUCUUGUAAGAAUAAGAAGUGUGGUGGAGUAUUAAAACCAGAUAUUGUAUUCUAUGGAGACUAUGUACCGAAAGAUCGAGUAGAGUUUGUGUCUAACAAGCUGACAGAGUCAGAUAGUCUUCUUGUACUUGGAUCAUCACUGGAGGUACCCUCAGCUUACAGAUUUGUCGAAGCUGCUUACAAACAGGAGAAACCAAUUGGUAUUGUUAACAUAGGACCAACAAAGGCAGAUAAACUGGCCAACAUUAAAAUAAGCACAAAAUGUAGUGAAAUUCUGGACAAAAUAUGAUACAGUAUAUAGAUCAUGUCAUGCUUUUUAGAUUAUAAUAUUAUUUUUGUUCCAUAUUGGUGUUGGUAACAAUUUUAUAUACAUAUAAUUAAAAGCUUCACAAUGUGUAAUGAAAUAUCCGAUCAGGGCUAAUGCUUGCUUAUACAUAAUUAUGUAUUGCCUAUAUUUUUAUAAUCUUUAACAUUAAAGGAGCAUUGUUGUUAAAUUCAUGUUCACUGAUUUGGUCCAAAUCCUUAUAUUUAAUUAAUAACAUACUAAAACGUAUAUCCAAAUUAUAAAAAGUCCAAAAGAAACAAUUAACAAUACACGGACUCGUUAUAAUGUAUCAGCUUUUCGUGAGUAUUUUCGACUAGACGCCAUCUAAUUUUCCAUCAAGACAUCCUAAGACUGCCGACGGUCAUAUAACCCGAUAUAAACAUAAAUAUCAAUAGACUGGCAUAUAUGGGGGUCUACUUUUGUUUUAUUUCAUCGCUUAUAAUCGUUUUACCUGUAUAAGAAUGAUUCUUUGUUUGCCAUAUCAGUCAACGAAAUGGUUAUUCCAGGUGUCUCCCUUGUUUCGUUUUUCAUUAAUGUUGACAUUCUUUUCUUUUUUCUUUUUAAUGAAUGAACAUGCUGACAUUGUGCUGAAACACGUGCGCGACCCAUCUCCACUAAAUGUUUUUCAACUUAUUUUGUCGAAAUUGAACCAAACUGACUGGUAAUAGUGAUAUAUUUUUUUCUAUAUUCCGCUCUUAUAAAUGUUUGAAAAAAAUUCACAUUUUAAUUUGUUUUGUCUAAUUCGUAGCUAAUGCCCCUUUAAGAAUAUUGGUGAACAAUAGCACCUCAGUUAGUUUUGUUUUUAACACCUGAACAUAAGAUUAAGUUAAAACAAAUAUUUGUUCUACUUAUACAUUUUAGAUAGAAAUUUCAUAUUAUAUAGGGAAGACGGAGGUAUGAUAACAAUUAUUAAUUAGCCCAUAACUAUGAUUGCAAGAACGUUUCUUCAAGCCUUUCAAAAUUUUGUUAAUUAUAUUGACAAAUUUAAAAGAUAAUAAAAUUUUGGCACUUCAGUCCAGAUUUAUUUUGUGACGUCAUUUUAGUGUUAUCUUUCGCCUCUCUUUAAGAACAUUUCGCAAAUGUUCUAAAAAUAGCCAUUUGACACAUCUACGUUUGUGUAAAUUGUGUGAUUCAGGUUCGAUUGAAGACGAAACACAUUAACUUUUCUAUUGUGACCGUUAUGAUCCGUUAUACUAAUGGACGAAACAAACUGUUACAUGAGUUAUCAUAUAUUCAUUCAGAAAAUAUUGAUGAACUCUCUUCAAACGAAGCCAUUUCAGUAAUUUUAAUGCUAAUAUCAAACUUGUAGCAAACUUUAUUUUAUAGAAUGCUCCAACGUUAGACUGGACUAUCUAUAACUGUCUAUUGCAAAUAUCAAAGUUAAGACAAUGCACAUGUCUGCAUUUCAAUGUUAUAAUUUUGAACUCAUUUUCUUAUAUCUGUUAUAUAUAGAGUUAAAAGAUGAUAGUGCAUCAAAGGCGUAUUUGUCUGUCUGAAUUAUUUUGCUAAUACUCAAUGUACAUUAUAUUGUAUAUAUUCAGGUUGCACUCUAAUAAACUGUUUAUUCAUUCA